UCCCAUUAUCCUUUUCUUUCCGUUGCCAGGCCUUUUCUUUUUGUUCUUCACUCAGCACCUAACAGGCAACAGACCGCGGCCAUGCUAAUUUCAUUACCAAAUCACCCCUUCACAGCUUUAACCGCAAGAAACCCUAAUGGCAGAUUGCAAUGUGAUUUCCUGCACCAAAUCCCAAAGCUUAGUUCGAGGUCUGGAUCCGCUACUAUGCAAAAGUUCCCUUUGAUCAGAGCUCUGAUCACAAACCCAGAUGCUUUUGCUGUCGGCAGGCUCGUUGGAAGCUAUGGCUUCAUGAACAUCACCAGCUAUUCUUCUUCUCAAGAAGGAGGUCUUUCUAGUGCUGCUACAUAUGAAAAGUCUCUUGGAUACUCAUCUGAGGACGCUGAGCGGUUAAGAGUCCAAGCUGUUGGAGAGGGUCAAGUGAAGAUCAGGCUAUAUGAAGGAAGAGUAGUCCAAGGUCCGCUAAUUGGUACUCGAAUCAUAUUCAAGGUUUACCCUGGACAACGUGCUGGCGGUGCUGAGGCAGACAUGAUGGCUGCUAAUGAGCUAAAUGCCCAUGCUUCUCUCCAAAGUGACAGCAAAAACAUUUGUCAAAAUCUGCAGAUUUUGUUAGGAGGUUUUGAGACAAAAACAGGGGAACAGUGGCUUGCUUUUCGUAAUGAUGGGAUAUAUAGUGCAGCGGACUAUGCCAAAGUUACAAGUGAAUCAAUGGCAAAGGAACUUUCUGGAGGAGAACAAAAGCUCUGGAACUUUGACAUGAAUCGAAAGCUGAAACGCCGAAGAUUUUUUGUCAUCAAAUUGCUCAAUGGGGCUAUAAGAGGAUUGGCAUACAUGCAUGACCGUGAUAGGCUGCACCAGAGUCUGGGUCCUGCCUCUGUUGUUCUAAACACAACAGUGGAACAAGAUGUACCUUAUUUAGUGCCACGACUCCGAGACUUGGCCUUCUCAGUUGAUGUUGGGUAUUCAUCUCUAGUAGCACAUGGUGGGCCACUUUCAGAGGGACUAUGGCACCGAGCAUUGGCAGCUGGCACAUUUACCCCUUUGGAGAAACGAGCUUAUGGAAUAGCCGAUGAUAUAUAUGAAGCAGGACUUCUUUUUGCAUUCUUGGCAUUCAUUCCAUUUUGUGAAGCAGGUGUGAUGGAUGGCCUCUCAUUGCAAAGACUUUUUGAAAGUACUUUCCAGCUUGACCUUAAUGCUGCAAGGGAAUAUUGUUUGGCAGAUGAUCGCUUGUUAGAAGCUGUCAAGUUUCUUGAUCUAGGUGAUGGUGCUGGUUGGGAGUUACUCCAGGCAAUGCUGAAUCCUGAUUAUCGUCAGAGGCCGAUUGCAGAAGCAGUUUUGAACCAUCGUUUCAUGACUGGCGCAGUUCUCUGAGGUUAUUUGGACCGUGUGAGAUCUGUAUGGUUGUACCUUUUACUCUUCAGUAGUUCAGUUGAUCAAAUGAGACAUUUGGGCUGUAUAUAUAGAGGGUGUUCACUUAUCUAGUCACAGUCUGUUUUCUAAUGAAUAAGCAUUCUGUCUGGGACAUCAAGUGCUGAUACAGGCUUAUCUUUGGUAAUAUGCAUAAUUUCCCUUUUCAGAUUUUCAUUCAAA